CUGGAAUCUCAGCGGCUGGGAGGCUGGGCAGGGCCACAGCCCUAGUUGUCUCCUACUUUUCCUCCUUUUUCUCUUUUCUCCUCCAUCUCCUCUUUCCAGUCGCGCGGCCAUGAGCGACACUAGCUCGGUCAGCGGCUGGGACAGCCACAGAGACGACACCUCAGAUUCCAGCGUCUUUACUUCAAUGACUAUGAGUUUCCUUCAAGAGCUCCCCAGUUACCGGUCCCUUAUUCGGAGGAGGACCACCAUCCUUGGGAGGGAUAAAACAGGAGGCACUUUGCUGAAGCCAGCCAGCUCUGAAAACAGGGUCUCUUCAGAAGCAGGAAGAUCAGAGAAGGAACACCUUGGGAGCCAGUCCAUAAGAAAAUAUGCAUUGAAUAUCUCUGAGAAGAGGAGACUAAGGUUUGGUCCACAGCGAUUUUUCAGGGAAAUUCAGGAGGCCCAGGUCAAAUAUUUAUCGGAAUGGGACCAGUGGAAACAGUACAGCACCAAGUCAUGGAAAAGAUUUAUUGAAGAGGCCAAGGAGCUAGCUUCCCACUUGGAACUGUGGAAAAAUGACAUUCGCAGCAUAGAGGGAAAAUUUGGCACAGGAAUUCAGUCUUAUUUCUCCUUCCUUCGCUUCUUGGUCAUAUUGAACUUGGUGAUAUUUAUUAUCAUUUUUUUGUUUAUUUUGCUCCCAAUCAUCCUUACCAAGUACAAGAUUACUGACAGCACCUUCCUGAUUGUCCCUUCUAAUGAAGUAGAUAUGCGAUGCAAAGUAUACCCAAUGAAUAGUACUGGACUCAUUUACUUCUAUACUUAUAUGAUAGAUUUGCUUUCAGGCACUGGUUUCUUGGAAUGGACCAGCCUGUUUUAUGGCCAUUAUACUGUAGAUGGGGUAAAAUUCAAAAACUUCACAUAUGAUUUGCCCCUCGCCUAUUUGCUGAGCACAGUGGCUUAUUUGGCAUUGAGUCUUCUCUGGAUAGUGAAAAGGUCUGUGGAAGGAUUCAAGCAAAACUUGGUGCGAAGUGAAGAACAGUAUCAGAGCUACUGUAACAAAAUCUUUGCUGGCUGGGACUUCUGUAUCACAGACGAGUCAACUGCCAAGCUCAAGCACAGCAGUAUACUGUAUGAGCUUAAAACAGACUUGGUGGAAGAAAGAAUAAGGCAAAAAGUAGCACAGAGAACUCCUGAAGAAACCUUACGGAUUUACAGUCUCAGAAUGCUUUUGAAUGCUAUAGUUAUAACUGUCCUGGCAGCGUGCUUUUAUGCAAUCUAUGAAGCAACUAUAUUCUCCCAAGAACAUAUGAAAAAGGAGAUUAACAAAAUGGUAUUUGGAGAGAACCUUCUGAUCCUCUAUCUUCCCUCCAUUGUAAUUACAUUGGCCAAUUUCAUCACUCCCAUUAUCUUCUCCAAGAUCAUUCGCUAUGAAGACUAUUCACCAGCCUUUGAGAUCAGGUUGACUCUCCUCAGGUGUGUCUUCAUGAGAUUGGCCACCAUUUGUGCACUGGUGUUUACCCUGGGGUCCAAGAUAACCUUCUGUGACAAUGAGGAUUGUCGAGUCUGUGGCUAUAACCACAAACUCUAUCCAUGCUGGGAGAAUCAAUUUGGACAGGAAAUGUAUAAGCUAACAAUCUUUGAUUUGAUUAUCAAUCUUGCCGUGACUUUAUUCGUUGAAUUUCCUAGAAAGUUAUUGGUGACCCACUGUUCUUCUUGGAAAUUAAUUCGGUACUGGGGGCAACAGGAGUUUGGCAUUCCUGAUAAUGUCCUGGGGAUUGUUUAUGCACAGACAAUCUGCUGGAUUGGAUCUUUUUUCUCCCCGCUCCUUCCUGCAAUUGCAACUGUGAAGUUUAUUAUCAUCUUUUAUGUGAAAGAGAUAAGCCUGAUGUAUACCUGUAGACCCUCCACAAGGCCUUUCAGAGCAUCAAAUUCUAAUUUUUUCUUCUUGUUGGUGCUGUUAAUUGGACUGACAUUGGCCUUCAUUCCACUGGGAAUCAGCAUGACACACAUUCCAUCUUCCAAGGCCUGUGGGCCCUUCACAAAUUAUAACAUCUCCUGGGACGUGGUCCCUAAGACUGUAAGCACUUUUCCAAGUGCUUUGCAAACAUUGAUCCAUAGCAUCACUUCAGAAGCAUUUGCUGUGCCUUUCUUUAUUGUCAUUUGGCAAUUGAGGUUAAGUGAUUUGCCCAGGGUCACACAACCAUCUCAUCAUGUUCUAUUUCAUUGCCCUGGCUGGAGCACACAAACGGGUAGUGAUUCAACUCAGAGAGCAGUUGGCUAUGGAAAGUCGAGACAAGCACUAUCUCAUUCGGAAACUUACAGCUGCUCAGGAAGAGAUGAGAAACCGACCAAGCUGAUUCUGAACACAAUUCUUGUUCCUUCCAAGCUGACUGAGCUACCAUACUGAACCUCCAAAACUCAUCUGUACAAUUUUGUACAAAUACUAAAUGUAUUUUUCUAGAAUUCAGGCAUUUUCUGCACUGUGAUACUAUUAUUGCUGCUGUAGUUUUGGAUUAUGUCAGUGUUUACAUAACCAAUUUCUAUUUGAGGAUUUUGUAACCUAUAACAACAGUUUGAACUGAGAACUGAGUUUGAAUUGUAGAAUCUCAGCUUAGUGGCUAUGAAAAAUCUUUUAGGCUUAGACUAUUUAAAUUUUUGCAAGGGAAGUGGAAAUAAAGAGAAUUUUAUCAUUUUUUCAGACAAUCUGAGAAAUUUUGUUAAAUUUGAAGGCCAUUAGUUCAUGAGACUGGACUGAAACUAAUGAGCCAAAUUCCCAUGGCAUAACAUGAACAACUUUUUCUGUGACACUUUUUUAUACUGCAGGGUUAUGCUAACCAACCCUAUAGUAGAGGUUGCUUUGUAAAAUGAGAUAAACUCCUAAUCCAUCAUGUUUUUAGCAGUUGGUAAGAAAAUUGUAAACAGUCAUAUAACUAGCAUUAAACUUUUAAAUUUUAGCCCCAGUUUGGUAAUAUGAGAUGCAAAAAUGUCCAUCAUCUUACUCCAUGAACUAUCAAUCUUAGGCAUAGGCAGCUCCUGCAUAACUUAAAAUUAUUAUUAGAUAAUAGAUAACACUAGCCAUACUUUCUGAACUUCUAUGGCAGCGGAGUAAAACAGAAAUUUGUUUCAAGGAAAUAGGUGCCCUUUGAACUUUUACCUGUCUUUUAGAGUUGAUCUGUGUUUUCUGAGAAUAAUACCCAUUGCUUCCAAAAGUGGGAGAAGGUAGAGUUUUCCUUGAUUCUCUUAAGGUCUAUUUCCUGUUAUGUUUUGUAGUUAGUACUUUUAAAGGCCAUUUCAAGCUUCAGAAAUGUUCUGGGAAGGAUGUUUGGGGUUUGUUUUUUUUUUUGAAGGAUGUUUUAAGACAUGUUUUAUAUUCCUGUUUGACUAUGGAUAUGUGCUUUGGGAUUCUGCUCUCACACCUUUCAAUUCAUGCUAAAUCCCUCUUACUCCAGAUUGUAAUACAACCUAAAUUUCUCAGAGCAUUUUCAGAUACAAGUUUUAAAAAUGUACCCAACUAGAUUUCUGAGGAGAAAUUUAGCUUCCUUAUAACACAUACAAGCACAUUUCAAAACAUUUAUCUGUUUAUAAUAUUUAUGAUUUUUCUGCACAAGCACAUGUAUUUAAUGAAAUGUGACAGGAAAUAAUUUAUAGCUUUUAUUGUAGUAAAAAUAAGUAAUAGAUGCCUUGAAAUUCACUAAUAUUUGGCAGUAAAGAGUUAUUCUUUUGAGUUAUUCCAUGGUUUAUCAACUAAUGCAACAUUCUCAAAGAGGAAGAUUAAGUCUAAAUCUUUAAUAUAUGCAAAUCUUAUUAGUUUGUUUUCAUUUAGUGUCUUCAGGCUUUUUUUUUUCCAGUGUAGUUAUAAAGGCAAUUUUAGUGAUAGUUUGUUACUGUUUUUUUUUUCUUUUAAAUUCAAACACACUUUAGGUAGUAGCCUGAAUUUCAGAAGAGGCUGAUGAAGUUUUGUGGAAAUGAUUGCUGAUGCUGCAGAAUAUUGUUCAAGGAUAAUUUCUUCUUUUAUAGACGAUUGAUCCUUGUUUACAGAAACAUUUCCCUGUGUCUUGCCACAGAGUGCUUCCCCUUUCUGAGUGUAAUCCCAGUGCCAACCUACUGUUGUUUCCUUCUAAUUACACCAAACUAGUUUAUAAUGAAAAGUCGUUUAAUAUUGACUUGAGUUGCAGCAGGGAUUUGUAACUCUUAUCUUGUGAUGACUACCAGAAGCAGGAGGUUUUCAGGAAACGUCUUUCUUAAGGCCUUCUGCCUUGUAUUCUUACCAAUACAAGCUGCUUUUGUGUAUGCAGACAUUCAUUAUCCUCACUGAAAAGAGAAACUGCAGCCAUUUCUCACCACUGUCAAUAUUAUUAGCAAGGCUAAUUUCUAUAGUUGCCAACAAGUGUUGUUUUCUGCUCUUUAUUAAUGGAAAAGCUCAAAAUGAAGAAUUACUGGGUUGUUUUCUUUCACUGUUAAGAUGCUGAUUAAUGUAUUGUAGUGAAAUGUUGACUUUUGUAAAUAUUACUUGCAAUUUUUUUGUCAAAUUGUAACUUCUGGUUAGAGCUGUAGGAUAAAAAGUAUAGCUCUUCUCUACUUAAUGUGCAUUAAAACUAUUAAUUAAAACAAAAUAUUUGAAAUCUUA